UCGGCGGUUUUCUUCCUCAGAAACUGGGUCGUGGAACCCUGUUGUUUGUCAGCUGAACAGAUGAAUCCCCCAGAUGAGACAGCUUUCACUUUUACUCUCUCUGAUAUUGGGUCUCCUGGGUAUAAUUCUACACCCUUUACUGAAAACACAACUGAAUAUUUCUAUCCAGACUAUGACGACUAUCAAACAUGCAGUUAUGUGAAAUAUGGGGCUUACUUUCUUCCACCCCUCUAUGCUAUUUUCUUCCUCUUAGGUCUCCUUGGAAACUCUUUAGUAAUCUGGGUCAUCGCUUGCGGGGUUAGACUCCGUAGCAUGACUGAUGUGUGCCUGGUCAACUUGGCCAUCGCUGACCUUCUCAUGGUGUGCUCUCUUCCCUUCCUCGCCCACCAAGCCAGAGACCAGUGGGUGUUUGGAGAUGCUAUGUGCAAGAUGGUCCUGGGCAUUUAUCACAUUUCUUUCUACUGUGGAAUCUUUUUCAUCUGUCUGAUGAGCAUCGAUCGCUACCUGGCCAUUGUACACGCAGUUUAUGCCCUUAGAGCACGCACACGCACCUGUGGCAUUGUGGCAGCUGCUAUUACAUGGGUGGCUGGCUUUUUGGCCUCUUUUCCUGACCUGAUUUUCCUCAAAGCCCAAACAUCUCCCAACGGUUCUCAGAGCUGCUACCCCGAGUUUCCCGAAAAAUUACCCAACGUUACGUCCUUCAGCCUUCAUUCAUGGAGAGUGUUUAGUCUCUUCAAAAUGAACUUUCUGGGCCUGUUUAUCCCAAUUUUCAUCCUAGGCUUCUGCUACUAUCAGAUCAUUUGCAGGUUGCUGUCAUCCCAGUCUUCCAAGAGGCAGACCAUCCGUUUGGUAGUCAUAGUUGUGGCCGUUUUCUUCUGCUGUUGGAUUCCUUACAAUGUGGCGUCCUUCUUCAAAGCACUGGAACUAAUGCACGUCUACAUCGGAUGUGAAAGCAGCAGGGCCAUCACGCUGGCUUUACAGAUUACCGAAGUCAUCGCCUACUUCCACAGCUGUCUCAAUCCCAUUCUGUAUGUCUUUGUCGGGGAGAAGUUCAGGAGGCACCUCAUAAGGCUCAUAAACAGAGCUCCAUGCAGUCUGUGCCAGGUGAUCAAGAUGUACAUUCCUCAAGAGAGAGGCGCCUCAGUGUACUCACAAACUACCAGCGUGGAUGAAAGGAACACCGUGGUGUAAUCUGGGACUUUAAAUUUAAAUCCUGUUACUUAUAGCAAUACCUUUGUGAACAUUUUUUAUACACAGAAUGUUCAUGUGAAGUCAGAAGAGGUCAUGCUAGUUUCAAGUUAACGGAGAGGUACCUUUGACUUGUUUUCUUGUUAUGACGAACGAUGGCGUACGUAUAUGUAGAAACUAUACUGAAUGUAAUACUUUCCCAUGCACAGUGUCUUCCAGUGAACCUUGUAUUUCUUAAUGUACAGCAUUUUAAAAUAUAUUCUAUAAAAAUGUUUCUUAUAUUUUAUAAUCUCAUUAUGAAGCUGUAAAAAAGUUUUAUGCGCAGAUUUUUGAUACUUAUGUUUUAUUGCAUUCCAACAUUUUAAAUGAAAAAUUCUGCUGUUCAUUUUCUGUCUUUUCAUUUUGUUUGUAAGAAUUUGGCUCCUAACACCUGCUUCUUUAGGGAUUAGACAUUUGCUUUGUUGUUCACUUGCAGUUAAUUUAUUUUGGGAAAUUACAGAAUUAACUAUCUAUUUUCUUGAAUUCGGAUUGUCAACAGCUAGCUAAAACCAAUAAUCCUUACAAAUAUUAAAAUACAAAGGUGUCGAAGUUAGAAAAGUCACUAACCAGAGCCAAAAAGAACCAACUUAGGUUGGUCAAAGUUAACUUGCUUAAGUUAUAUCAUAUCAUAGACAUUGUGUAAUAAACAACAACAAAUAUUCAGAAAAAUUAAGAUGUUACUGCAAAAUAGGAAAUUAUCUUUAUAAGCAAAUUUUUAUACAUAAUAACUUAGGUUCAUACUUUGUAAAAUAUACAGGCCUUAACUUUUAAUCAUUUAGACUUAGAUGUAAUAUUAUCACAUAAAAUUCUUACUAAAUUCAUUUGAGGCUGCGGUUAUCAAGCUUACUUGUCCUACCACAGUUUUUCUUUCCACUUGACUUGCAACCAAUAGGCGUUGAUGCUUCAAUCUUUGAACAGGCAGCUUCUUUUGCAUUAACUCUUUGUGGGAUACUAUACUAUAUACAAUACUAUAUAUUGAUGGGUUUUCAGUGGCUCAGGACUUGCCAAGUAAGCCGUCUCCCCCAUAUGCAUGUAGAGCGCAACACAACAUUUCUGAUUCAAAACAAUCGUUUUAAUGAUUGAUUGGAUAUGAUAGUUGUAAUUUCUGAUAAACAGAAUUUGCAGUUUUGAUGACAUUCUUGUUUAUUGCGAUGCACCUGUGUUUACAGCUGUGCAUUUUAUUAAACAGACCGCAGAUUGUUGAGAAACUGAAUACAUGACAGCAAACAUCACAUCAGAAAAAUUUUUGAGCUGAACUAAAAUUUCUCUUCCUGAGAUAAGUGUGAAACCCUCACGCACAGCAACUAUGUUGUACUCAUAAUCAUCCAUAAGCAAAAUAAACUGAGAAGAUAAAUUACAAAUAAAGAUUGUGAUAGAGUUCUCGGUUUGCUUGUUCCAGAUUGGUGCACAGCCUCUAAUGCAACCUGCAGAGUUAGCUUGGUAGACUCAGAAACAUGUUCUGCAGAGGAUCUGCACCUCACCUCAACCUUAAAAAAAAAAAAAAAAAAAAAAAAAAAACACAACCUGAAAGCGGAAA